GUUACUUCAUCGCUCGAGGAGGCUUUUUGUUCGAUCCGUUCCGAAACCACGACGUUCCCGUUCGCUUCCAGGAUGAAGAUGUUUCUGGCACUAGUGGCGCUGAGUAUCCUGUCCGCCGUGCUGGCCGCUCCGUUGGAUGACUCCCGAAAUGCCGAGAUCCUGCGGUACAGCAGCGAAAACAUUGGCAUCGAUGGAUAUCGCUUCGAGUUCGAAACGAGCGAUGGUACGAGCCGGAGAGAGGAGGCCGAACUGCGCAACGCCGGCACGGACAGUGAGGCGAUAGUGGUCCGCGGUUCGUACUCGUACACCGGUCCCGAUGGCACCGUGUACGUGAUCAACUACGUGGCGGACGAGAACGGUUUCCAGCCGGAAGGAGCCCACAUUCCGAAGUGAGUCCAGACGGGGUCCUGUCUAGCUACUCCAAAAACCCAACCGAAACCGGGAUUCGGGAUCACCUUUGUUAUUUGCCCUGAGUUUGGAGCGACAAAAUAAAAGAGUCCCCUGAAAAACCUG